UGAUAAAACAGAUACGGCUGUCUCGCCCCAACAAUGUUUAUGCAUGCAGACUUAAUUUCACUUGGGGUGUCUGGGAUCCCUAAAAUCAUAAACCUUCAAGAACAAAGGCAUGUCCAGUCUUUUUGUAUCUAUAGUCACUGGUGGUAUACAACUUCGAUGGCGCGGCCGUCUGUAGUUGGUGAUUGGCGAUUGUAAUUAUGAGUCAGGUGUCAAAACAGAAAUGAGUAACAAGGAAGUUGGUUAAUUUACAUACGCGUAACUUAUUAAACGGUAAAUGGCAGAUACGAUGCGGAUCCCAUUGAUAUUGGUACAUGUCGUUACGGUUCUGAUCACUGUAAGAUGCAGCGACAUUACUCCAGCAGUAUUCGGGAACGUGCUCGACGGCAUGCCAGCUGCCUUCGGUGAUUUCAAUUCCGACGAGCUGACCGAUGUGUUUAUGCUGCGUAAGAACGGAACCACCGUACAAAUUUUCUUAGCUGCCGAACAAGAGCCGUUGUUAAGACCUAGCUCGGAUCUCAGCUGCACCUUUCGAAGUAUGGUCGUUAGCAUUGUACCGGGAGAUUUCGACGGAGAUGUGUUCAUGGAUGUGCUGGUAAUCACGUUCGACAAGGAAAGUAAACUAUCAUUCGCUUAUAUUUUAUGGGGUGGAAAUGGUCGUUUAAAUUGCACGAACGAAGGCCAACCGUUGAUAAAGAUGAUAGGGCAACCAUUGGCACUGGACUUUAACGGGGACAUGAUAAUAGAUUUGUUUGGCGUAAACGAAAACGGCAGCAGGACGUUUUGGGUGUUCGACCAAAGUAGAAGGCCACCCAUAGCCAUCCCGAUGGACGAAUCAACCGAACAUCUUCCACCGAUCAGUCAGCCCCAUUCGAACGCCUACUUGGAUUUGAACAACGAUUUCUUAGCGGACCUGGUCGUCAGCACGAGCAAGUGCUUCGAAAUUUGGCUCGGUACCGAGCAAGGCUUCCGGUUUCACGAAACGAUCCCCUUCCCCUAUAAUAUUUCUCUGCCACACUUUGAAGGCAAGCUUGGACAAGCUUUGUAUCUGGACGUCGAGCUGACCGGAAAGAUGGAUUUGCUUCUGCCUCUUUGUUUCGACGAGGAAUGUACCAACAGCACGAUCAUGAUGUACUCGGACAAAUGGUACAAUUUACAAGUAAACUUCCGGGACGGUAACAACGCGCUAUGGGGCUUCGUGAAGCCUGAUGGCCACCGGUACACCGACACCAUUACUCUUCGCGGCGGUGACUUCAACAUGGACGGUUAUCCGGAUCUAUUGGCGACGUUAAAGUCGACCGUUAGCAAGCAAAAGCGUUCUUAUCUACUGGAGAAUGUCGCUUGCUACUCGUGCGUUGGUUUCACCCGAAAAUUUCAAGUGAAAUGGCAAGCGUUAAAUCCGUUUCACAACGAAACGGCUAUGGCGGUGUUCUACGACUUUUACCAAGAUGGAAUCUUGGAUGUUAUCUUGGUGGAGGCAGGCAAGAGCAACAACACCUACAGUACAGCGGCUUUCAAGAACAGUUUGGAUUACGACGCGAACUUUGUCAAAGUAAUGGUCCUCACCGGUCGGAACAAUAGCUUGUAUCCUAUUUCUCCGGGUUCUCUGGGCAAAAAGAAGAGAACUUACGGUACGAAUCUUCCUGGACCAUCGAUAGCUUAUCGAACUACCACUCAAGACGGUAGUCCUAGAAGCGCUAUAGCCGCUCAACUACCCCAGAGUGCCCACUUUUCCUUAAACUUACCCUACACGACCUUUGGUCUCGGUAGAACACCAAACUUUGUCGACGCUUUAACUAUCGGGGUCGGUGGAAAAUCUCGAGAGUGGCCACAAAUCAUUCCAAACUCUCAGAUGGUAGUGAUACCGAAUCCGAUCGCGGAACCUUGGCGAUGGAAGGCGCAAUUGUUCGUAACUCCUAGCAAAUUAAUUUUAUUAAGCGCUGCUGCAUUGACCGGCACUUGCGGCCUGAUAUCGUUGAUCAUCGUCGCUUUGUAUUGGAAAGAGCGAAGAGAGGACAAGAUCGAGAAGCUUCAAGAGGCGCAUAGGUUUCAUUUCGACGCGAUGUGAAGGUUUAAAAUAAAUCUAUAAUUCGUCGUUAGCUUUUAGUGAAUGUAUUUAAUCGGUCGACUCGUAAGUUAUUUCACAAACAAUAAAUAAAUAAAUACUAAUGGAUUAA